UUCCAUAUAUGGCAAUGUAUUGAUGGAUGCAAUGAGAAGGUUCUUCCAGUUUACUUAGUACAAUUUAUGUGGUAACUAUUUGUCCAAAUUAAUAUCCUCCAAAAAUUUUCCUCAAGGCACCAAGAUGCUGAUAAUGUUUCUUUGAGUUUGCUUGCAGUGUUUCUUUCAUCGAUGUCUCUCAUAAUGUGUAUCUUAAGGGAGAUGCUGCAAUAUUUUGGUGUUCCCAUAGACCAGGCUUUGGUGAUUUGGAAAAAUAAAGAUUAUGGAUCAGCUCGGAGUAUUGUUCGUAUUAUUGGGAAAAUGCUUCCUCUAGAGCCUUGUCGGCGACCUAAUUUUGAGCUGAUCCCGCUCUUGAACUCUGUAGACCCUGAUAGCUACGGACCUAGGGUUCCCUCUUUUGCUGAUAUCUUGUGUGUGGCAAAUGAUGAAGAAGCCGCUUGUCUGAGAUUUCGAAAUGGUAUAUGGAAAAAUGAAAAAGAGGAAAAAAGUGAGUUUACCCAUCUUGGGCAACUAGUUUGGGAUCCAUUGUCACCUGCUCCAAGACAGAACAUACCGCUGAAAAGUGAUCCGCCUGCAGAUAAAACCGCAAUAAAAAAGUUGGCUGCCCUUGAAGAGGAGCUCGCUUUCCUUCGCUCCCAGAUUGCUGCCCUCGUGGGAAUGCAGGCGCCGAAAGAUGCGGCAGGCUCUGGUCCUUUUGACUUACACGAUGACCCCAGUGACUUGGGACAGUCACCAUCGCUGGGGGCUGCUGGACUGACUGUGGAGCCAGAUCCGUUUCCAGCUUUGAGGGUUCCCUCCCCACCCCCGCCGCCACCACUACCUGUCCAGUGCUCUUCUCCCCAGCCCUCACGGGCUCCUCCCAUCCAACCAGCAGCCGAUGCCGUCUGUGACUCAGAUAAUACAGCAGCUGAAAUCCAAACGCAGCAGCCAGGCGCUCGCAAGACCAGCUGUCGUCACUGUUCAGAAAGCCAGGGACAUGCCGAUGUUCCGGACAUGCGAGAGGUGCUCAAGGAUCUGAACAAGGUGAAGCUCCGCGCUGUUGAACGGUCACCGGGUGGCAGACCCAUUCACAAGAGGAAACGUCCGGCUCCACCGUGGGAUCCAGUAGACUUAAUCUCACAUGCACUCAGGAAAAAGUUUGCAUUCCAAGAAGAGGAUUCCUUUGAGAAAGAAAACCAGUCCUGGGCAUCUUCUCCAUUUUCUAGUCCUGAAACUUCACGGUUUGGACGUCACACUUCACAGUCAGAAGGGCAGUAAAGGAGGAGCGAAUGCACAGGAACUCUGUUGACCAAGGUGUGAGCAGAAACCGUUGCUCUACGCUUCGAAGGAAAGAUCGUGAGAAUAUGUCAGCCGUGUCUUUGACCUUGUUUCCAAAGAGCUGCUAAGGGAAGUUAAAUAAAGGCUGUACACUGGGAUGUCCUCUUGCUGAGGCCUGAACAGUCUUGGCUUGCAGGAACACUCGUCUCCUGCUUCGGAAGAGCCACAGUGAGCUAGCUAGCGUUGAUAGUUAGGUGUGUGAAUUCUUUUGUGUGUGUGUGUAUGUUAGUAUUGCUGAAGGCUGAAUUAUAUAUUCAUAAUUUUCCUGUGCAAUUAUGACCUGAACUUUAAGAACCUUUGGAUCUUUUAAAAAUUGGUAAGGAUCUCAUUUGCUUGGCUUCCAGCAACUUGGAGAUUUUCAGCGAAGGUAAAAUUGCAAUUCUUUUUUAUUAAGAUAUUCCUACUUUCAGUCCUAUAGGUUAAGUUUCCUAAAACUUCUCCUAGAGAUGAUAAGUUAUUUUUAGAAACAGAUUUUGACUGUUAAAUACUGAAAGUAGAAGAUUUAAAGAAUUUACAUGUUUAAAGAAUCUUGACAAGUGUGGCCUAUACUGACUGUAUAAAAAUAUGCUCUUGUCAUUUUGGAAUGUUCUGUUCCUUUGUUGAUAGAGUAUGAAAUAAACGCACUUUCUGAACUUGA